AUGAAUACAGUAGCUUCGGUUCCACUGGACUAUCCAGAGUCACACACCGGAGACAUGGAUAGUUACUUGACAAAUAUAGACAACGUAUACGGCAUAAAUGAACCGCUGGACUACACCACGUUUAGCAGCGCCAACACAUCAUGCGAACCCGUUUUCCUAGAAAACGGAAUACAACUGAGUUUCGAUGGUUCAAACUUCAACGACUACUCGGGGUCGUUCUACCCAGGCCCCUGCUACGGAACAAACGACACGAGUCUGUACCCGGACAUGAGCAGCUCGAUAUUCGCGAACACGUUCGCAAAGUCGGAGCAAGAUCUGGGGAAGUACACGAUGGACCAAAAAUACGCGUUCGACACUAAGUAUAGGCUCGAAUCCAAAUACUCGAUAGACAGCCUGUAUAGUAUAGAUCCCAAGUACCCGAUGGACGCUAAGUUUAGCAUGGAGAACGGGGACCUGAUGCAGCACACGAGCACGCCUAACCUGCCGUACCUGACGCCGAAGGUAAAGCCGAAUUUCGAGUACAUGAACCCGAUAACAAACAGCACCUCGUCGACGUCGUCGACGAUGUCGUCAGCAAUGCCGGCCGUGGGGACGACCGCAAUGGGACCGAUGACGGCAUCCAUGCCACCAGCGAUGCCAGAUAUGCUCUCGCCAGGGAGAGCGCAGCACCCGAUAAAGGUGACCACGCACGACUUGGCAAUGUUCAACUCACUGAUGGACGGAAGUGUCCUGACGCCAAUAAGAGCCAGCAGUACGAUGCUGGCACCGAAUCAGCUGAGGAAGACGAAGUCGUUGCCCACCGGGAUACCGGCAACGACGGCGCCAGGACUGAAGGAGUAUCAAGGGCUAUACCAUUUCGAAGAGGAGCAGACGGGGCCGCAAUACAUAAGGCAGCCACCGACGACGCAAAAAACGUUCAACUACGAGACUGAGUUCUCGAAGAGCGUAGACUCGUUGAUGUUGUUCCCAUCAGAACGUAACGUGCCGACGACGACAAGCCAGGGGCAGGACACGUAUCAGUCAGCAGAGCGCCCACCGAACAACUACCAGUACCAGAACAGCGCAGUGCAAGAAGGAGAGGCAGAUGAGACGGGCGAAAACUACUACGCACCCACAAGUGUGACGACGAACGUCACGAGAUAUUCAGUGCCGACCUUUGACCCGAACAUGCCACCGGAGGAGAGGUACAGGGAGGUGCUAAAGGCAAUACUGAAGUCGCCGCCGACGCCGGAGAGCUUUAUGUCGCCAAUUAACUCAAACGUACUAAACAGCUUUACGAUCAAGGAACUGGGGGAAAGGUACGACGAAGCACAGAGAGCGGCGAACCAACCAGAGACACAUGUAAUGUACGUCAGGCACAGCAGUGACAUGAACCUGGUGCUGAGAAACGAUAACCUGCUGAUACAGCACUCGAACAGAGAGAGAAACGAAAGACUGAAGAUGUCAAAGCAGGUCCUGAGCAGCAAGGACGUAGCCUCAAGCUCGGACCUGAACGAGUGCAUGGCAAGGUCGCGCAACGACGAACAGGGCAUGAGUUACCUGCCGUACGUGAGCUGUAACUGGAAGGGAGUGCACGAAACGAGCUGGUGGAUGAGCGACGCGAAAGGAGUAGUGCGCAACUUCAAGGUGAGGUUCGACCCGGCAGUGUUCGGCUCGAAGAACACAGCGUACGAGGAGGCAACCAAGUUCGGAAAGUUCGUAGAAGGCCUGAUAAGACCAGGAACGCUUAUCAGCUGGUACCCAGGAUUCAACAUACCAAUAGGCACGAGCGGAAGAGCGAACCUGAGAAAGGUGCUGCACAUGGACAGAAUGAAAAACGCAGACCUGUGCGACCCGGUCCUGGAAGCAAACGGCCUGAAGGUGGCAGCCAAAAGCACCUUCGGAGACAUGAUCAUAGUGGAGCUGUACAAAGCAGCGUACCUGCUGGGACUCUGGGACGUGGCAGCAUACAACUGCCUGAAGACGUGCAAGCGCCGAGGAUACUCGUUCGAGUGGAUACACAACAUACAGGCAAGCGGAAAGAGAAUCACACUCGACGCACUCAAGUACAUGAGGAACGUGAAGGAGGUGGUGGAACAGGAUAAAAUAUCGAGAGUCAACUCGGAAAAGAAAAGGAGACGCAGAAAAGCGAGCGAAAAGAGAAGAAAAACAAGCUUGAGUAGAGCAGAGAAUGAGAAGCAGUAUAUCGAGGUAACGGGAGAGAGCAUGAGGUGGCGUUUUGAUAGUAGGCCACAUAGAGAGAACCAUGCCACGUGGUCCACUAGUAUAGCCACGGAAGUAUUGGAGUCACAGUGGCACCAGGGCGUUUAUGAGAGCAUGACGCCAGGGUAUGCAGGCGCCUACGAGAGUAGAGCGCCAGAAGCAGACGUAGAGGGGAGCCAGGAGCCCGAGCAGUUCGCUGAUGCUAGGACACACCAUUCACACUGGCAUCAGGCGCGAUCGACUGCGGACUGGGCGGGCACCCGUAAAGAUUUAUAA